AUGAGUUCCAGAGCUGCACUGCUUGGUGGAAAGCUUUUGCUGAAGACAGGUUUGAAAGAAUUUGAGGUUACAGAAACUAUGCAAUUACUGCUCGGUGUAGUACCUUCUUCGGAACCGGAAGGAGCUGGAGGCUGCAGUGGUGUGGUGGAAGAGCCCUGCUACUUGGUGUUGCAAUUGGAUGACGAAGGUCGCAACUUCGCCUUGCUGAAAUGGACUCCUAUCAAAUGCGUUGCUCGUGGAGCCCGAAUCAUCGAUGCGGCCAAUGUCAGACUAGUGAAAGAAACACUCCUCGCCUCCACACGUGCUCUCCCUUCUAGCGAUUUACACGGCACGGUCGACGUGGGCUGCGCAAAGGUUGUGCUGGAACGACAAUGCUCUUAUCCAGAUGAGUUGACGGCGUUUCUCAGUGAAGCGGCACAGCAUUUAACCUCUUAUCGAUCGAAGAAGGAGUCAGAAGAGACGGCAAAGAACGCGGCUUAUGCGCGCGAGAUUGAGAUGCACGCGGCAGCAGUAAAAGAGGUGGAAGCUAGUGCAUUUGUUGCACGUGCUGCUGUUCUUGAACAGGAGCAGUCCUGUGGAGCAGAAACAACAAGCUGUAGCCGCCCUUCUCUCUCAAUGCCUGCUUCCCAGGUCCUUGAGGAGCAAGAAAAUACGACGUUUACAACUCGUUCUCCACGUGAAGCUGGUCUUGCUACAACUAAGUCACCAGGAGGAUCUAGUACAACGAGUAAUAUGUCGACUCCCAGAGCAGGAUCUCCGCGUGGUGGAGGGCUUCUGAAACUAGAGGAUGUUCUAGAACAAGAGGAUGUUCGUGUGGUGCAAAUCCUUUUUAGUACAUCAGCUUCUCAACAACAACAAACUCAUUCAGCAGCUGCAGCAGGAGCUCCUGCUGAGAUUGACGGUCUUGGUCUGCCUUUGAAGAAUAUGCGCUUAGGAGUGGUGAAUGCCCACCAACAAGUAGGCGUGUGUAGCGACACAGAUGAGGAGCGCGAGCAACAUCAAAAGAUUUUUCGAAGUGACGUCCCUUGUUGGGCUUUUGUUCGUUUGUCACCGGACUAUGGGGACUGGGCUUUACUGAAAUGGACUCCCGUUGCCAAAAUUGCUCAGGGCGCGAAAAUCAUCGACGGAAAAAAUUAUGGGAUAUAAUCGCUCUUUGUCGAAUUUUUUUGUUCUUGAUCUUGAUGAUGGUGUUCCCCCAUGUAUGCUUUUUAGAUGAAUAGAGCAAGUGGCCGUGCUAUCAUGGCACACUAGUACCUAACAAAGAUUAGAUCUUCACUGGAGGAUUAGCUACAGCUACAGCUCGUCUAUUUCUAAGACACCGUGGGUCUGCUGCGACGUGUUUUGGGUAAUAGCAACCAGCGCGCCGCAGGUAUUGAGGCCGCAAAGGUACAACUUGAACGGCAGUGCAGUUUCGAGUCGGAACUCAGCGAUUUCCUCAGCGUUUGUGCCACUACCUGGGCAAAAAAUGUCGCCGCAUUGGAGAAGAGGAUAUUUGAUGAGGGCGGAUACCAAGACGGCCUCCAGCACGAUGAUCGUGCGCCUCAAGAGUUACGCCAGAAGUGGCGGCGACAGCGAUUUCGCGCUGAGGAAAAGAUGCGACGUGGUGUAGGAAAUGGAAACGCAGCAAGUAGCUGCACAUCAACAGCAGCUGACGUCUUCGACGACUGUGAUGAGGCACACCAGGUAAAUGUCAUCCCCGAUGAUCACGAGGAUGAUGAUGCGACGUCUGUUGCAAGUACGAUUGACAUUCUACGCUCUGGAACUGGACCUGGAGGAUUCGAGAGUGGAUCUACUUCUGGACCAUCUCACACUUCAAAUAUGAUAAAGAAAAAACAACACAUGUUGAAACCUGAUAGAACCUUUUCGGGAGGAUCGUCAUCACGUGUUGUGCGUCGUCCUAGCGGUUCUGUCAUCUUUUCUCCCGGGGCGGGCCCACCUGGAGGAGCCUCAGAGGAUGAAGAAUUCUUAGAAGCGUUGCCGAGUGUCGAUCAUAUGCUUGGAGAUGGUAAGAAAAAAGUUCAAGUUGAGGUACAACUAUCGAAGAGUUUUCCUGCGGCCUCGGUGAACAAUGAUGUGGUCGUGUCUUCUUCAAGAGCAAAAAAGGUUGCAGAGGAUGAGUCGAGCAGUCGGGAGAGCACUUCGAAAGAAGCGGACGAUAGAAGAGAUAGAGUCAGCCGCGUCGAAGAACUACAGCUCCCAGCGACGGCGACCAGGAAGACAACAAAGGAGCAAGAGAGUGACGUGCACACGUCAACUCCGCCUUCCACAUCGAGAACAAGCAUCACUAGUCCAGAUGGACGAAAGAGUGUCGUGGUCUCUCCGACUCCGACCACUCCUGAAAACUCCUCCACAACUACAACUUUAUCGCCGUCUACUGCAACUAAACAAUCUUCAGAACCUGGUGGUGCUGAAUCAGUAUCUUCUACUCCUGCUUCCUGUACGAGUGCUAGACGAGCUGGCCCUACUGCUUUUUACAUCGGGUCAGACGACGAGGGUGACCACGGAGACGAGGAUCCGAGCAGCUACAUAGCAGAGGGUGAGGUCGCUCAUCCUCAACAUCAAGUGGAUGAUAUGCAGGUGGAACUGGUAGAUGAAUUCGCAAACCGAAACCAAGACCCGCUGCAGUCAUCGCAGAAGUCUAACGAGAAUGUGGGGACGACAGUUCUUGUAAAAGAAAAUCAUGAAAAUCUCUCAACUAGUACGACCACGACACGAGUACAGGAACCACUCCGCGACAACCGUGGACCACAUCGAGGCGGGUGCUCCUCUCGUGAACCAUCGAGUGAUAAAAGCAUAACUACAUCAACUGCAACUUCUAUUAAGCGUCCCUCACUUCUACUACAAAAGGUAACGACUAACGACAUCAGCAGUGUCAGUCCAGUUUCUGCACCGCGCCGUCCUCGUAUCUCAGCUUCGGAACUGCAAC